UUUAGAGGUGGCCUACUCCCUCGUCAAGAAAUGCUCUCGGACUUGAAUUUAAAAUGAAGGUCGAUGUCUUAUUUAUUUUCUAUUUUUCUUUAGCGACAUAUAUGCAGUCAAUUAGAAAAACUGUUUCUAGAGUUUUGCAGAAGAAGCAAAUGAUUUUCACGACCUUGGACUAUUUCUUAGAGCUUUGUUUUGUUUUGUUCUGUUCUGUUUUUUUUUUGUUUUUUUUGUUUUGUUUUGUUUUUGCUUUUGUUUUUUAAAAUUUAUUUUAAGGUUGGACGAUGAUAUUCAAAUACAUUGGAGGAAUGUCUCCUUCACCGACUGGUAAAGCGUUAUGGAGUUCAUCCGACACAUUAUCAGAAAAUAUUACCGCUGCUUUAGAUACCACUGCAACCUACCAAGGUCACUACAAAAACCGUCUCAUUCAAAGUUGGCAAAGUUUUAACCCUCAAGAGGUUCGUGUAGUACUUUACACGAAUGGAGCAGAAGUUAUCUCUGUGAAGUUCAAUGCCAGAGGGACAACUAACCUUGACUGGUUUUCACAAAAUAAUCUACUUCAGUCACCAUGGACGGAUCUUAAGAACGCGGUAAACAUUUUCAUCUUUCGCAUUCAUGGUAGCGGGGAACGCAAUUUUGAAAUCGCAGCUUAUCACAACGGAUGCCCUGGUGAUACUGGGUGGUUUUUUAUCACGGGACCUCACUGUCCCUGGGAGAUGUCUCACCCUGUACCGGGAAUUCUGUACAGCAAGAAAACUCACAAUAUUACAUGGAAUAACAACCAAGGUAAAAAUUGCUUUAAUAACUCUUGCAAUAUCUCUGUUUUUGUUUUUGUUUGUUUGCUAUCAAAACAGAGAAAUAACAAGAGAUUUUCUAAACAAACCCUCUCGCCUGGUUUCCUCGCCAUUUGUUCAUUGUUUAAAUUAAAACAACAUUGA